UUCGCCACACCUGGCAACGUUAUGACACGUAAGCAUUUAAGUCACGUGAUUCCAACAUGGUGGCCAUGGUGUACAACAAUGAACCGAUUCGUAUGUCAUAUUUAUGUUAAAAACUCAUUCAAAAUUUCUUGUAUUUAUUGAGCUCAGAAAAAAACCUCAAAAAAUACGGAAAGAAAAGCGCGGAGCGGAAUUUAUUUACGGCAUAUCUACGGGAAAAAUUAAACAAUUGACUAAUUGAAUUUUGCUUGUUGCCCGCUGUCAAAAUUUAGGAUGGAUUUGUCAAAAAACUAGUUCAAAAAGAAACCAAUUUUUACAAGAAUGGAGAACCCGUGUAAACCGCCCAUUGAGGAGAAGAUCUACAAUUGUCCCCGGCUGGCGGAAACUAAUAUAAAGGGAAGUCCGGCACGUGGCAGCGCAGAAGUCCGCCAGGUGGACUGCGGAAAGGGAUUUGCUUUGUUUGGUAGUAAAAAAUCCGGCCACGAAGAUGUUUCGUCCCCCGCCCCAGAAGACAUGUCUCCCCCACCAUACUCUGACCUUGGCAAGAAGGCCAAAGAUGUAUUCAACAAGGGCUACCACUUUGGCCUGGUUAAAUUGGACGUAAAAACCAAAUCCGCUUCUGGCGUGGAAUUCGCUACUGGCGGAGUUUCUAACCAGGAAUCUGGCAAAGUAUCCGGUUCCCUGGAAACCAAAUACAAAGUUAAAGAUUAUGGUUUGACGUUUACUGAGAAGUGGACCACCGAUAAUACUUUGAGCACUGAAUUUGCCGUACAAGACCAGUUUGUGCCUGGACUGAAGGUUUCUUCGGCUGUUAAUUUUGCUCCACAAACUGGUGCGAAAUCUGGUAAUGUGAAAGUCGCCUACGUCAACAAACAGGUAGCGCUUAACGCCGACUCUGAUUUCACCGCCGAUGGACCAAAAGUGACCGCGUCCGCCGUGGUCGGUUACCAGGGCUGGCUGGCCGGUUACCUAGCCGGUUACGACGUCAACAACAAGAAACUGACCAAGAGCAAUUUUGCCCUUGGAUUCACCUCCGGCGAUUUCACUCUCCACUCGAAUGUCGAGUUAAUGGGAGAAGAGGGCCAAGAAUAUGGCGGUUCGAUAUAUCAAAGGCUGAAUCCGAAAUUGGAAUACGGCAUUAUGGUGGAUUGGGUGAAUGGAGGUGGUGGCGGAGGCGAAGGCGGCGACGGUGGAGACGAAGGAGGGAGCGACAAAAAAGAAAAGAAGGAGGGCGAAGAAGGAGGCGAGGGCAAUGCAAAGAUCGCGGUGGGGCUGCAGUAUCAGUUGGAUCCGGACGCCUCGGUGAGAAUUAAGGUCGAUAACGAGAUGCAAAUUGGAUUGGGAUUCCAACAACGGUUGAGAGAAGGUAUCUCAAUAUGGUUAUCGGCCCUGGUGGAUGGUAAAAAUGUCGAUCAAGGAGGCAAACAUAAAGUGGGUCUCGCCAUCGAAAUGGAAGCGUGAGAACCGAACUUCGAUAGUAUCGUUUUGUGAUCGCGUCCAAUUGAUAUUGUAACCAUGUAUAAAAAUAAUAACUUAAUGAACCGCUCUGUGUCCUUAAAUUUAUUGAAAUUCCGUAGCAGUGUUGUAAGCCAAAGAUUAGGAUUAUUUCAAUGUUUUUUUUUCAGGGCUAAAAAUUUUUUGUCUCUUAUUUAUACUUUUUUUUCUACAUAUGCUAUUGCUUAUUUAUUUUUUAAUAAAAUUCGAAUUUAAUGUUUAA